GGUGAGGAAGAGAGGAAAAGAAGAGGGGGAAAGAGAAAACAGAAACUACCCGGAUAGGAGAGCAGCAGCAGUGCACUGGGACUCUACCAGAGAAGCAUGGAUUAUUCAUUUUAAAAAGCCUAGGCUUUAUUAAAUAUUCAACACGUUUUUUUAAAGACGCAGGAACGACGGGAUUGAUUCCUGCUGGGAUUUACAGUAAAAGCGAGUAGCCUUCACCAACGUGACGACGCGACUUGAUUUGGAUUCGGGGCUCCAGCGUUUGGCUAUGCGUUGCUGGUUAGAAAGCUCCGCUGCAGUGUUCGCAUAGGGAUGGUACCCCUACGGGUUCAUUAACGGACCGAUCCCAUAUCCACCGUCACCCCGGGAACAUACGAACUAAUAUGCAAUGGUUUUUUGUCCAGAAAUCCCCUGCGUUCCGCCGACUACACGCUAGCUCCGCAUGUCUGUCUGCCGCACCGCUCCCCCUGUGCGGCAGAUGCGAUCUAAAGAGUCUAUUUGGGCUUCUGACGCGCCGGCCAGGCGGCAGCAGCAGUACCCGCAGCAGCGAUACCGUUAAGGAGCAGGAGCAAGUGGAGGAAACUGCAGCAUUCGCCUUCAUUCUGAGGUAUAACGAAGCGUUUCUUCAGCUAAGCGCCAACGCGAAGGACCCGGGGAUUCACCUGUUCUGUUCUAUGGUCCAGCUGGUUGGGCCGAGUCGCAGAGCUAAGCCCAACGGGACCUGGCUGUUAUGCAAGCGGGGGGAGCGAGUCCCCAUGAGGGUGUCUAGGCUGCUGGAGAGCUCCUCGACCAAAUCGAUGAGGUUUCUUUGGAACAUUUACAGCAAAGGAUCGCAUAUGCUGCAGUGUCUUUGUGGCAAGAGUCUCAAGAAAACCAAGAACCCAACUGAUCCACAGCUUAAGGGCAUAGUGACCAGGUUGUACUGCAGACAGGGAUACUACUUGCAGAUGAACCCAGAUGGAUGUCUGGACGGGACCAAAGAUGACGGCACUAACUCCUCUUUGUUCAACCUCAUCCCAGUGGGCCUUCGAGUGGUGGCCAUCCAGUCAGUCAAGAUGGGUCUGUACAUCGCCAUGAACGGGGAGGGACACCUCUACUCAUCAGAGCUGUUUACAGCAGAGUGUAAGUUUAAGGAGUCUGUGUUUGAGAACUACUAUGUGAUCUACUCGUCGAUGCUGUACAGACAGAAUGAGUCUGGAAGGGCCUGGUUCUUGGGCCUAAACAAGGAAGGACAGCCAAUGAAGGGCAACCGAGUGAAAAAGACCAAACCAGCCGCUCACUUCCUGCCCAAACCUAUAGAAGUUGCGAUGUACAAGGAGCCGUCGUUGCACGACGUCAGGGAGACAUUGCCUAAAGUUGCCGGAGUCCCGCCCAGCAAAAGCACAACCAGCGAACCAGUGGCCAUGAACGGGGGCAAACCAAUCAACAAACCCGACCCAAAGGAGACUGCAACAUAACCCUGCCCCCUCCUCUCCCCCCACACGACAGAGACUUGAGACUCUGCCCACUGCACUCAAACUCUCACCUUGAUUGGUCAAUUAUGGGCUAAGUCCCACCUCUUCUCUCUUUUUCUCUCUCUUUCUCUUUUUGGCUGAUUCGAUGCAGUGGUGUUCGAGAUGAGGAAAUGGACCACUCCAUUUAGGGGAUGGGGGAGGGGAGGUGGAAGGGAGAAGAGGAGGGGAGAAGAAGGAGCAGGAAGGUGUUGACAAGGAGGAAGAGGAAGGGGAGGAGGAGGGGAAUUGGCUGAUUUUAUCAGCUAGAUAAACUACAAACUUGGACAGCAGAAUGCCCUACCUACGUGAUACGGAAUGCCUUUUUCAAAUCCUUACGAUUAUUUUUCUGUGACAAUCUGUGAGAAUGAUGACAAAGCGUUUUUUUCCCUCUUCCUUUUUGCCAGGUAGCCUUGCCUGCUGAUGGCUACCCAUAAGCCCCCUCUCUCACUCUGACGCACUAUAGCAACAGAGUCCAUCCAUAUUGACCACAGUCUGUUUGUUUGUCUGUUUACCAAUUUGUUUGCUUGUUUAUAAUUCUAUACCCAAAAUGCACCAGCGACCGUCUGGAUAGAUUGUUGUAAUGACACAAAACAGAAUUGUCAUCUAUUUUUCAAAUGAUUGUCUCUCUCUCUCUCAUUCUUUCUUAGCUUCUCUCUCUCGCUUCGUCUUUCAUUCUUUCUUAGUUUCUUUCUCUCUCUGUCUCUCUCACUCUCUCAUUCUUUCUUAGCUUCUCUCUAUCUCUACCUCCACAUCUCUAUUCUAUUUCUUACUAUCACUAUUUUCUCUGUGUGUUUGUAGGUUCAUUUAGGCAGCGACGGACGCAGGAGGGCAAUACUUCUAUUUUGUAAGACAUGUAUAGAGGGAGAGGACUGGGGCUGGGGAUGAGAUGUUCAUGCAUUGGUAGUAUUGAGGAGGUAGCAGAUGCAAUGCAUGGUAGGUAGAGUGCAUGGUAGCAGAGUAACUAGGAUGUCCACAGAAGCUAUGAGUUUCUAUCCAGAGCCAUGGUCAAUUCAGGACAUGAAUUGAAAUUCCAAUUCAAUAUUUGAAAAGUGCCAAAAGUUGCACAAGGGUGACCAACAUGUAGCAUUUUCACUGGCAACAUAUAGGUAACUGCCCAAAAUAAUGGAAACACUUGAGUAAAUGAGGGAUGCCAAGUAUAUUGAAAGAAUGUGCUUCCACACAGGUGUGGUUCCUGAGUUAAUUAAGCAAUUAACAUCCCAUCUUAGGGUAAUUUAUAAAAAUGCUGGGCAGGCCAUUAUUUUGGCUACCAUGGCUAUGCCCCCCUAGGAUGAUAAGGGUCCCCCAUCCACAGGGCAGAAGUGGUAACUGAACGUUUUGAUGAGCAUGAAGAUGGUGUAAACCACAGGCAAUGGGCGCACAGUCACCAGAUCUCAACCCAACUGAACACUUAUGGGAGAUUCUGGAGCGGUGCCUGAGACAGUGUUUUCCGUCACCAUCAACAAAACGCAGGUUAGUGUUUUUUUGUCAUGAAUCUUGUUCUGGAGGCAGUUCUGCGGAGUGGUCACUAGCUAGCUGGCACAGCCACAAAUCAUAAAAUCUGAUUUUAAACCUAACUUUAACCACACUGUUAACCCUAAUGCCUAACCCUCACCUUAAAUUAACACCAAAAAGCCAAUUUCACUUUGCAGCUGGCCUAUCUAAGGGGAAAUCGCUCAGUUCUGCCUCUAGGACAAGACUCGUGAGAAUAAACUUCAACCUGCCAAAAAAAACACCAAAUUAUGACAUUUCUUGCAGAAGAAUAGUGUUGCAUCCCUCCAAUAGAGUUCCAGACACUUCUAGAAUCUCUGCCAAGGUGCAUUGAAGCUGUUCUGGCUCGUGGCACAACGCCCUAUUACGACACUAUGUUGGCGUUUCCUGUAUUUUGACAGCUCCCUGUACAUGCACACAUAGUGAAGUUGACAGAGUCAAAGAACGUACAAAAAUAUUGAAAGAACAGUAGAGUCACUAGAGUCACUACAGAGUCACUACAGGGAACCGUCCUAAACGGACCAGUAAAAGAAGUGAUGUUGGAGGUGUAGCUGUUAGCUGGCAAUGGUAAGAGGUACGCUACCACAGUCCUAUAUCCGUUGGCUUUCACACUGUGACUACAAACCUCCCAUCCCAUCUUGGAGUUGUAGCUUUCUCAUUUAGAAGCUAUUGAUACUUUGACGUUACCCGUCGUUUGACUUUACCCAAACUCUUUUACGUGUCAUUCGUCUAAAUGAAAUAAGGGAAUGAUGUUGGUCUGUUACGUUUUUGUGCUGAAAUGUUUACUGUGAGGAUCAAGAUCUGUCACUUCCUGUAUAAGUAGCAGAGGUAGUUCGCUGAGCCUGUAACCGUGCCUGGGACCUGAAGGCUCACAUUAGCUCCAAGAGCUUAUAACAACAGUCAGCCACUGUAAAGCCUAUGAGCAAAAUGGGCCAUGGAUGCCGAUUUUGCCCUGUGGCCCAGGCUGCUCAUGGGCCACCGUAAGCUUGCUAGCUGGGUGAGAUCAUAGAGAAACCACUCGAAAAGGUACGGUGUAUAAAAAAAAGAUUCCACUGGGCUGUUUGUGGGAAAGUGUUGAAGCAACAUUUGCUGUACUUCUUGUUCAGUGUUUUGUCUGUACCAAGCUGAACAAAAGCUGCUGUUCUUGACAAAGAAAUGUAGACCUACAAUUUGAUGGUGUUGUGUCUUUGAGUUAAUGGUGUUUCUGUUCCUGUUGAAACCAGAGUCCUUUUAUAUAGAGAGUUGGGCCAACUGUAGAGCUGGGCACCACAUUGCUGCCUCUUGAGGAUUCAAUAUUGCCCAUUGACACGAACGUGGCUGCCAUCGAGCUCUGUGAUGUCAUAGUUCAAACUGCAUUGGCCAAACUCUCUCUAAGGUCUCUGAUUGAAUCCUGCCAUCGAGCUCUGUGAUGUCAUAGUUCAAACUGCAUUGGCCAAACUCUCUCUAAGGUCUCUGAUUGAAUCCUGCCAUCGAGCUCUGUGAUGUCAUAGUUCAGACUGCAUUGGCCAAACUCUCUCUAAGGUCUCUGAUUGAAUCCUGCCAUCGAGCUCUGUGAUGUCAUAGUUCAAACUGCAUUGGCCAAACUCUCUCUAAGGUCUCUGAUUGAAUCCUGCCAUCGAGCUCUGUGAUGUCAUAGUUCAAACUGCAUUGGCCAAACUCUCUCUAAGGUCUCUGAUUGAAUCCUGCCAUCGAGCUCUGUGAUGUCAUAGUUCAGACUGCUUUGGCCAAACUCUCUCUAAGGUCUCUGAUUGAAUCCUGCCAUCGAGCUCUGUGAUGUCAUAGUUCAGACUGCAUUGGCCAAACUCUCUCUAAGGUCUCUGAUUGAAUCCUGCCAUCGAGCUCUGUGAUGUCAUAGUUCAGACUGCAUUGGCCAAACUCUAAGGUCUCUGAUUGAAUCCUGCCAUCGAGCUCUGUGAUGUCAUAGUUCAAACUGCAUUGGCCAAACUCUCUCUAAGGUCUCUGAUUGAAUCCUGCCAUCGAGCUCUGUGAUGUCAUAGUUCAGACUGCAUUGGCCAAACUCUCUCUAAGGUCUCUGAUUGAAUCCUGCCAUUGUUGAGCUCUAUGUGCUGCUGGAUUCUGAAUCUCUAACUGACUACUUCAAGUGAGACUGGAUCCGUUUUUGUCAAAUUGAAUUGACUUUGACUGUGCAAAUGUACAAUUCUCUCUCCCUUUCUUUCUUUCUCAACAUUCCAUCUCAUUCGUCCCCUUACCCCUGCCCACCCCUCUCUCUAUCUGUCUCUCUCUCUCUCUCUCUCUCAGUCUAUACGUCUCUCACCUGUUGCAUGGUAAACAAGAAAGGCAGUGGAGAUAAGCAUGUAGUACUGUAGCCUAUGUGUAUCAAGUCAAAACAAAAAUAAGAAAAAAAAGAGAUUGUGUCGGUAAAUGUACCGCUAACUUUACAUACAUAUAUAUGCAAAAGAGUUUGUCUGCACUGUACAGUUUGUGUCUCCAUUGUAUACACAGAUACAACAUAUUGAAUAAAAUAUUUAUAUGAAGGAGA